UUCGUUUUUCAAAAAAUCCCUGGACCCCCCCCUCAGGGAUGGUCUGGUCAAAAAUCACAAUUUUUUCGAUAACUCAGUCAUUUCUUGACGGAUCCUUCUCAUCUUCGAACUCGACCGAGAUAUUUUAAAGACUGAACUGUAUAGAAAAUUUCAUCGCGAUCGGACUCUCCUUUCAAAAGUUAUCGUGUUAACGACCGGACGGCCGGACACACUGACCGAUUCUAGAGUGUACUCACUUUUUGAGUACACAAAAAGGACAGAUCUAUUACCAAGUAUAUUGGAAUAAUCUCUAUGACAGUAAAUCUCUCCUACGGAUGAAACCAAUAACGAUUAAUGAUGAACUUCGUUCAACAAAACCAUGUUAUUUCAUAUUUUAUCUAUACAAAGCAAAAUAUGAUCAUGAGCUGGAUUGAAGUCAAUCGAUUUCUAUAGAAUAAUAGAUGAUCUGAGAAACAAUACACUCCUAUUUACAAGACUAGUUACUUUAGGAUACGAAUGGUGUUGAAAUUUCAAAACGUUAUUGCUUAAACUAUGACAAUAUCCAAUUACAUGGAAGAAGACUCACAGUACAAGAAAAUUUGAAGGAAUAUACAAAAGCUAAAUAUUCUAUCUCACGUAACAGUUAAAAUGUAGAGAUUGUUGAGUUUCAUCUAAGGAGGACAAGUUUAAAAAUUCCGGACAAAGUUAGGAAGUACUCCAAUGUGUAAAUCAUCAUAUUGGAAAUCAUGAGAAUCUUGUUAAUACUAGAAACGUUUAAAAAUCCAAUACAUACACUGCACACCAUGAAGUCUGACAAUUCAGCUGCUCGACCAUGUUUAUACUCUUAAAGGCUCUGAUAGUGUUUGGGUGAAACUAUUUUGAUUAUGCAUUGAAUUAAUAUGAAUAGAUGUUCAGAUAGAAAUCAUUGGCAAAACUAUGUUUUGCAUAGCUCAUCUUCAAUUAUUUUCAUCAUUUUUCGCAGUACACUUCAAAAUGGUCACUUCUAGUAAACAGUAUUGUUGGAAAAAUAUCUGGAUGACAUUGAAUAAGUCUACUAUUUCCUCUUUGUAUUUGUUUAGGUACAAAUAAUAAUGGUGACAACUUUGGGGGGAAACUUGCAGGGAUUAUUGUCGGUAGUGUUCUUGGUGGACUAUUUAUUAUCUGUUACUGUUGUUGUCUUUGUAUAUUGUGUGCAUUGUCCUUCAUUGCGUGGUACGAAGGUACUCCAAUUCUUUCCAAUAAGUCUUACGUGCAAAGCGGACUUGGCAUAUAUCGUGACAAAAGUAACAUUAUCUUUCAGCCUGGUUCAUUCUCCAGUUAUUAUCUCAAAGACGGUGCAUCGAAUGGACCUUAUGAUUUAGUGCUUGGAUUCUAUCCCCAAGCCAAUCAUAUUGUGCAUGGUAGAGGAAGAGACAAUGUCGGCUUGUUUGUUAUGACUGGUGUUUAUUCACCAAGAACUCUUCGAAUGGGCCUUGAAAAACGUUAUCAAAAAGGAACAGGAAAUCCUGACCGAAACUUCGGUCAUACAGCAAUCGUUCAAGUUGAAUGGAAUGAAGCUACGCAGAAUUUCGAAGGCAAAUACUAUUCUAAAGCAGGAAAAAAUCGUGACGAACAAAAAUAUGUUAUUCAUCCCAAACGUCCAACUUUCAAUCCAUAUCGAUACUGA